GAGUGCGUUGGGAGACGCCUCCUCCUCUCCUCCUCCCUCCCCUCAGAGGAUAAGCGGCCGCCGGUGCUGAAUGAGAGCGGCUGAAGCGAGCGGGCUGAAGCGGGCGAGGAAGGGAGGGAGGCGGCUAAGCUCGGGCCGGGCGGCUCGUCUUCCUCGCCGCGUUCCGCGUUCGCUCUGCCCGCUCCUCUCUCGCCCCGUGUCUCGUCAGCAGGAGUGAUGACUCUGAAGAUGAAUCAGUAAAGCCAUCGCUGCAAAUGUAGGGCAGUAAACCAAUGGUGUGGACAGUAUGGACCUAAUGAAUGGGCAGCCCAGCAAUGUUAAUAUUGCAGCUACUGCUUCAGAGAAGAGUAGCAGCUCAGAGUCAUUAAGUGACAAAGGUUCUGCUGAACUGAAGAAAAGUUUUGAUGCAGUGGUAUUUGAUGUUCUAAAGGUUACGCCUGAGGAAUAUGCGGGCCAGAUAACACUAAUGGAUAUUCCUGUAUUUAAAGCUAUUCAGCCCGAGGAACUGUCAAGCUGCGGUUGGAAUAAAAAAGAAAAAUACAGUUCUGCACCAAAUGCAGUUGCCUUUACAAGAAGAUUCAACCAUGUAAGUUUUUGGGUAGUUAGAGAAAUUCUUCAUGCACAGACAUUAAAAAUACGAGCUGAAGUUCUGAGCCACUAUAUUAAAACAGCUAAGAAACUCUAUGAGUUGAAUAAUCUACAUGCUCUUAUGGCUGUGGUGUCUGGAUUACAAAGUGCCCCCAUCUUCAGGUUGACCAAAACUUGGGCGCUACUGAGCCGAAAGGACAAAACUACUUUUGAGAAGCUGGAAUAUGUAAUGAGUAAAGAAGAAAAUUAUAAGAGACUUAGAAACUAUAUAAACAGCUUGAAGAUGACUCCUUGCAUUCCUUAUUUAGGUAUUUAUCUCUCAGAUUUGACAUACAUUGACUCGGCAUACCCAUCAACAGGGAGUAUUUUGGAAAAUGAGCAGAGAUCAAACUUAAUGAAUAACAUACUCAGAAUAAUUUCAGACUUACAGCAGUCAUGUGAAUAUGAUAUUCCUGUGUUGCCUCAUGUUCAAAAAUACUUGAAUUCCGUUCAGUAUAUAGAAGAACUUCAGAAGUUUGUGGAAGAUGACAAUUAUAAGCUUUCAUUAAAGAUAGAACCCGGGACAAGUACCCCACGUUCUGCUGCAUCUCGUGAAGAUUUAGUAGGCCCUGAAGUGGGAGUUUCGCCACAAAGUGUUCGAAAAAAUGCUACAACAGAAGGAGCGUUGCAACCACCCACUUCUCCAUCCCCAAGGAAUCUGAUGCCACACGGGCAUAGAAAAUGUCACAGUUUAGGAUACAAUUUUAUUCAUAAAACAAACACAGCAGAGUUUAAAAGCGCAACAUUCCCCAAUGCAGGACCAAGGCAUCUGUUAGAUGACAGUGUCAUGGAACCACAUGCCCCAUCCAGGGGACAGGCAGAGAGCUCCACUCUUUCUAGUGGAAUUUCAAUAGGUAGCAGUGAUGGUUCUGAACUGAGUGAAGAGACUUCAUGGCCAGCAUUUGAAAGGAACAGAUUAUACCAUUCUCUUGGUCCGGUGACAAGAAUGGCACGAAAUGGCUAUCGAGGCCACAUGAAGGGCAGCAGUUCUGCAGAGUCUGAGGAUUUAGCUGUUCAUUUGUAUCCAGGAGCUGUUACUAUUCAAGGCGUUCUCAGAAGAAAGACUUUGUUGAAAGAAGGCAAAAAACCUACAGUAGCAUCUUGGACAAAAUACUGGGCAGCGCUGUCUGGAACUCAGCUUUUCUACUAUGCCGCAAAGUCCUUGAAGGCGACAGAAAGAAAACAUUUCAAAUCUACACCAAGUAAGACUGUAUCUGUUGUGGGAUGGAUGGUCAUGAUGGCUGAUGACCCAGAACAUCCAGAUCUCUUCCUGCUCACAGAUUCUGAGAAAGGGAACUCAUACAAGUUUCAAGCUGGUAACAGGAUGAAUGCAAUGCUGUGGUUCAAGCAUCUGAGUGCUGCCUGCCAAAGCAACAGACAACAGGUUCCUGCCAACUUGAUGACUUUUGAGUGAAAAACUUCUCCAAAACAUGAACGAAGAUGACACUUUUGAAUGCUGUCUAUCUGUCUCCUAGUUUGAGGAUGGAGGUUCUGGCAGAAGCAUGCCCAGCUAUACUUCUGUGCCAGAACAAAGAUGGUAAACAGAGUUUCAGAUCUCUGAAGUACUGAUCAAAAAACACUAAGAAUUUCAGGGGGUGGAAAUGCAAGAGGAACUGCCAUGGACCAUGUUGCUGCUUAAUAUUUUCUGAAUCAACCUGUGGAAACCACUGCCUUAAAGAAUGACAGGAAACCCAACAUGAAACACCAAAUACUCUCGUGUGUGUGUGUGUGUGUGUGUGUGUGUGUGUGUGUGUGUGUGUGUGAAAGAAAGAAAGAAAGAAAGAAAGAAAGAAAGAAAGAAAGAAAGAAAGAAAGAAACCUCUGGCGGUGCCGUGCUUAAGUUAAAUCAGAUGUAGCUCAUUCGCAUUUGUGUUAACUUUGUUAUCUUUGAAUUUAAAAGUCCACCUUUGUUUCUUUGUAAAAGGAAACCUCGUAUUGCUUAAGGGUUGUGUUAAUGGGCAGGUUUGCAAGGACACAACUUGUGUGUUCUUGAAGAAUGUGCAGUUACUAUACUUGUAUCCCUCCAUAUCAGUUCUUUGGGGGCUCGGAUUAUUGGCAUCACUGUUUUAUUUGUUUAUGCUUAGAAUGUGAUAAAUGUAAUAUAUGCAAGUUUAUUCUCUUUUCUCAAAGCACUGUCUUUGUGGAACCUCGUACUGUAUAUGGGGGUUUUCUUUCUGACAAGUGGCACAACAGCUGAAUAUUAAAACACCACACCCUCCUUUUUCAGAGUUCUUGGUUGUAAAUUUCCUGAUAGAAAUAGUCUGCAGGAUUUUUGUAAAGCAAGCUCUGGGAAAUAUCAUCAGGUCAGAACUGAGCCUUUAUUCCUCAGUGUAUUUUCAAAUGGGUGGCACUCUUUUAUUUCCCCAACAAUGCAUUGGAAAGCUUUUCAACGGGCCUAUUUACCGUUUAAAGCCCCAUCUUCUGUUGCAUUGAUAACAUUUUGCAAGUGACAGUCUUACUUCACAUCUCUUCUUGCAGAUUGAGACGCACAAUGCCUGUAUUUGUAGUUUGGAAUUCUGAGUUACACUGAACUCUUCUGUAUCAGAUAUAGAAAUCAGAUCUCCAUAGCAAAAGCUCACAAAAUGCAAUUCUCAGCAUAACCAAGAAAAGUAAGAACUUGACACGAGAGAAAGCAUUGAUAGAAUAAAAAUUAAAAGAGUGGAUUAUUUCCUACAUGAAAAUUAAAUGUAUAACUACACUUUUUGACCACAUUUGUGGAAAAUUAUUGCAUUUCAAAGAUGCGUCUCUCUCUUUUCUCUUCUUUUUUUUGCAUGUGGUUCUUUUCUGAAAUGCUUUGAGGCUUCUUCAGAACCUUCCGAUGAUGGUAAUCAAAUGAAAACAAGGCAAGUAGGAAUAUACUAGCACUGCAGUCCUAGUUAAUAAGAGAAAAGAUUGUAUUCAUUCUGCAGAUUAUCAUGCGUUAGCUCUAUGCUUAAGUUUAUUCACAGAUGAGUAACAAUCUUUUUAUUUUUAUCUGCUUCAGAGUAGAAUUUUGCCGACUCAUACUUCUAGAGCCCAAAUUUUCCAAAGAGCUUCGCCCCUAAUUAGUUAGGAUAGGGCAGAGACUGGCAGCUAUCUGCAGAGGAAAAGAAUAAUAACGACAUGAAAGUUGCUCUGAAGCUGCAAAUAUAAGUUCAUAUUUCUAAGUGAUUGACGUUUGAAUCUGCUCCUUUUUUCUUCCCAUAAUAAUAUUAACAGGUUUUGAAUAUUUGCCCCAUGAAGAAUGAAUGUUCAGUUCUGACCUUGCAAUGGUGUUAUGUCACUUGCUUUUUCUGUGUCACUUAGUUUACAUGUCUCCCACAAAAGCCCAUGUUGGGUGUUUCAUUAAAAAAAGGAGAGAGAGAGACAUCUUCAUAGCCAGCAGUAUUACUGUACAGAAUUUGCACAACUUUCCUUUUUAAAAUUACUACAUGUUUCUUUUCAGAAUAAGCUUUUUUUAAAAUAAAAAACAACAACGAAAAACAACUGCAACACAACAUUAUAAAUGUAUGUACUUAGUAUUAUGGAAGAUAAUCCUGUGGAAUUUUUAUUUUUUUAAGAGAAAGAGAGAAAACAAUUGUGUAGAGACAUUGCAGGCUAACCUUAUUUGUUCUUCAUGUUUUUAUGAGUAGAGAGAUGCAACUGGGAAACCCGUUUAUAUGAUGCAGGUUUGCAAAAAAAAACAGAGGGCCAAUUCACAUUACAUUUCCCCAUGUGGUACUUCAUUAGGGUUUUGGCACACUAAAUGGGUUUUUGUAAAAAAAAUUAAAUAUUCUGUCCAAAUUAUAGCACAGUACAUCCCUCUUCAAUUAGUUUUGAAGUCUUUUAAGGAUAUGGUUAGCUACAAUCUAGACAACCUUUUGUAGUGUUCAUGAGACCAGUUCAUCACAUCAAAAUCUACGUUAAAUGGAGAUUAUUGUUUUUCCGACUGCAGCACACACACAACGAUCCCACAAAUUGACUCAAAACCUAACUGGGUUGACAGCCUUUUCUUAUUAUGUCCAUACAGCAAGUUUCAAAAGAUAGGAAAGACAGUAGUAAAAGCUGGCAAACAGUCCUGAAUACCUUUUGCCAAUGCUUUUAAUCCAGCUUCAAAUAUAAUACAUUUAUAUCAAUCAAAGCUUUGAUUGAAAAUGAAACUGCUUUCUCUAGUUUAUGAGAAUCAGCAGAGAGAGUUGUGACAGUUUCAUAGGUUUCAACUAACAUGAUUCAUACAUUACAUGAACUUAGAUUGUUUUAAGAUUAUGCACAACUACUGAGCCAUUCCAGUUCUAUGAGGUGGUCAAUUUGCCAAAAAUAAGCUUUUUACAUCUUUUUACAUAUAGCCACAUGUUGCUACACCCCUUCUCCCCGUUCACCAAAAUUUUGAGGUAAAAAAAGAGACUUGAUUUAUAAUACAGUAUUUCUUUUAUUGUUUCUUUUGUAAAUGAAUAGUCUUUUAAAGAUACUAUCAGUAGAAAUAACUCUUUAAUUACUACAGUGUGAUUCAAAAUGUAUUGUGGUAAAUCCUGUGAUGUAAAAUUUCACACUGCAGUGCUAUGAAUUCCAUUAAAUUUAUUUACUUUGAAACAAAUGGCUUUUAAAACAAGGCUCCCAUCCAAAAAAUAUUAAACCAAUCUGUGUCUGAAUGAAGCAUUUCAAUUGCUUGUUAUCACAAGUAACUUUUAAAAAUGUUAAGCUACAUUGUGUGAAUUUUAACAGUAGCAGGAAUUCUUUGUCAAAUUUAUUUGACAGUGAUAAAUUGAAAAUGCUUCAAGUUUUUCCUAUGACCUCAGAUACUGGUUGCUAAAUAUAUAUAUUUUUCUAUGUUUUUAUUAUUCCACCUAAAACCAGUCAAGUAGUCUUAGUAUCACGGUGAUGUUUUGAUUUUAACAAAACGAUUCACACUAUAGUUCACACUCUCUGAGUUAUGUGCCGGUUUUUGUGAGCACUUUGUAAAAAUGAAAUUGAUUGUGCUACAGUAAUUUAGUUUACAAUUUGGUAAGAUGUUUAAUAAGAUGUUUUGAAAUUUCCUACAAGGAAUGUUUAAUUCAAAAAAGUAAAAUUCUCCUGUUAAAAUCU